AUGCGCAUGUUCCUGACUCUCCUUCUCUGGGGCCUGGCCGAGGCCGCCCUGUCCCCCGACGUCGACGCCGUGUGCUCAACUCUCAUCGCCAAAUACCCAAAGAACGUCGUCUGGGACACCAUCGGCCCCAACGCUGGGGAUACCAUCACCCACGCAACUACGUACAACUCGGCCUUGUUCGACUACUGGAACGCCGCGAGUGCCAACAACCGCGCCGCGUGCGCCUUCUUCCCGUCCAACGCCGAGCAGGUGUCCUUUGCCGUGCACACUCUCAACGCGUAUCCGUCAGUCAAGUACGCGCUCAAAUCUGGCGGACACAGCCCCAACUUGGGCUACUCGAGCGUCGACCAGGGCGUGCUCAUUGCCUUCCGACCAAACUCCCAGUAUGCGAUCCCCGCCGCUGACGGCAAGACUGUCGAGGUCGGCGCAGGGUGCAAAUGGGAGGACGUGUACAAAGUCCUCGAGCCUCUCGGCAGGACUGCCGUGGGCGGCCGAUUGGGCGACGUCGGUGUCAUGGGCUUCACGCUCGGAGGCGGCCUGUCGUACCUGUCAGCCCAAUACGGCUUCGCAUGCGAUAACGUCGUCGAAUUCGAAUGCGUGCUGGCCAAUGGGACUAUUGUCACUGCCAGCCGGGAAUCCCGUCCGCACCUGUUCUUUGCGCUACGCGGUGGCGGGAACCAGUACGCCAUCGUCACGAAGAUGACACUCAAGACGUACGAGAUCGGGGAACACGGCAACAUCUGGGGCGGCGUGCGCACCUACGGUGCCGAUCAGCAUGCCAAGAUACUGUCCGCUAUCACGAGGUUCACCGCCAACAACAAGGACCCCAAAGCAGCCAUCAUCCCGACCUUCAACUACUUUGCGGCAGCGGGCAUCAACCUCCCCGGAACUCUCGUCUUCUUCUUUUACGAUGGAACAAAGGUUCCCGCCGGCGUCUUUGAUGACUUUGAGGGCAUCUUUUCCCUGUCCGACAGUACCAAGGUCAAGAAGUAUAGCACCCUCACGGAUGAGGUUCUCGGCGGCGACAUGAAGGGCCUGCGCUUCCAGAUCAGGGAGAACACUUUCCCCAACAUGCCCGAAAAGAACAUGACGGCGUUCCUCAACGACCAUUUUAAGCAGAUCCUCAAGAAGUCUACCGAGGGAGCGCUCAAGGAUCUUUUGGACUUUCGACUCAUGUCCUUUGCGGUGCAGCCCAUGCCGCAUGGCAUUGUCCAGGCAUCCAAGGACAUGGGCGGCCCCAACGCCCUGAGCAUGGAACCCGAGCAGGGAGAUCGCGUGUGGGUCGAGUACGACGUGGCCUGGCUGAGUCCGCUGUGCGACAAGCAGUGUCCAGAGUAUUUCGGCGAGGUGGUCAACUCCUUGCACGACUUGCACGCGGAGAAGUACUCCGGCAUUGCUCCUACAAACUACAAGGAAGGCGACGUGAGCUUCAUCAGCUACAAUCCCAUCUUUAUGAACGACGCCAUGUAUGACCAAGACGUGCUGCGGAGCUACGGAAACACCACAUAUGACAGGCUCAAGGCAACCCAUGAGAUGUAUGACACCAAGGGGUUCUUUGCCACACGCCAGGGAGGAUUCAAAUUUAGCUCCUAG